UGGUGGGAGGCAGCGACGGAACCAGCAAAACAGACCGCGAGUUGCGACUCAGUCUGUUUGUUACUCUUCCUUGUGCAAUUAACGCAUUGUAAACGCGCUUGUGUCUCUGACUAAUUUUCUUCAUCUUACGGAAAAACAAAAAAAGAAUCAAGAUGCCGAUCACAAGAAUAACUGGUGUGAAAUUCAUCGAAUUGAUCCUGACCAUCAUCAUCUUCUUCCUCCACUACAAAAGCUUCGAAAGCAAUGACACCCACUCCUUGUUCCUCAGUACGGCGACCUUUGCCGGGUACUUCAUCAUUAUGUUGGGGUCGUUUGUGGGAUACCUGACUGGAAACCCAAUCAACAAGAAAAUCGAUCUGUUUUUCGUUGUUUUGGGAGCCAUUUUGUACCUUGCAUCAGGUUUCUACUCGAUCCAACACUUCUCCGGUUGGGCGUACAAUAAAGACCAGGCAAACCUUGGCCUCACCAAAGGAUGGCUUGCUGUUGUCAACGGAAUUAUUUUCAUCGUGGAUGCCGUCUUUGUUUACCAAGAUGGCGGAUUUUAAGUUAACCCAAUUUAACAUCUUAAUAAAAAACCGUCCCAUUACCGGAUGUUAAGCACACUUAUAGGUAUUAUACAUUCAGCGGUAAAAGCAACUCGCAAUGGAACUCUAACUUAUUCUGGAUUCAUGAAGUAGCAAAAUAUUCUUACUAGCGUAUCUGUAAUCAAAAAUUCCAUGCAUAACUUCAGAGGUAAAGGUAAUAAAAUGAGAACAAUCGGAGAUUAACAGUUUUUUAAUAUUCAAACAUGUUUUGCGGUAAAACUUCGACCGUAAACCUAGAGAGAUAACCGACCAUUGUUCCGUAAGACUGAGAUUUCGACGAAAACGCCGAAUAAGUGUGCUUAACAUUCACUGACUGUCCCAUUUUUGAGAAAUUUAUCAGAUUAAAAUAUUCAAAUCCGGGAAAAGGCGUCGUCCUCCUUGUGAUAAUGUGAAAAUAUAAAUCUUAGAGAAGCGAAGAAUUUGAAGUAUAAGUAUGUUUGUAUAACUGGAAUGAAACUUUGAGGUACCGUUCAGAGCGUAGAAAAGUCGUCAACAGUAAAUAUUUGUGGUAUGUAUAAAGUAAGAACAACUAAAUCUAAAAAGUGAAACCAACGAAGGGAUCAAAAUUAUUUUGUACCUGCUGUAUAGUAUUGAAUUCUGUCUACUUAAUAAUAUUUAUUUUUGUUAUUUAUAAAAUUUAAAUAUUAAAUAAAAAUUCUAAAAUUUCUAAUUUAUUACCGUCAUAAAUUAAAUACGUUACAUUGUAAAUAUUUCGCUUCUCAUCGUUCAGUAAACAAAAAACAAUCAUCACUAAAAUAAAACCACAAAAUAGACCCAAGUGAGAGGUAACGCCAUCUCACAUUUAACAGUUAAGUAGUUAAAUUCGAUUUUUAUUUCUGAUCAUUAAAUGAUGAUUUUCGUCUGCUAAGAAUUUUGCUGAGUGUUUUUUGAUACUCAACCAGUCAGAUCAUCGUAAAAAUGUCGUCGAUACUCCCUUCUUGCCUUAAUUUUUCUGACCAUUCGUGUCAAAUCUUUUAUAAAUGAUACAAAUUUUAUACAAAGGCUAUCAGGAAAGAUGCGCACAUUUUUCAAGCCCAUUACAACAAUUAAUGCUAAACUUAAAAGAAGUUAGUAGGUACACCGACCAAACAAAAUUGUGUUCAAAUCAGAAUAAUUUGUUCGUCUUCCCAAACAAUGUACAGUUUCUUUUCAAAGUACUUUUCUUCCCUCGAACACAUAUUUCCGUAAUUCUCGUUUUAACUCUGUGAUCAUUCCCAA